GUUCAUGUAAAGAAAAAACUUGAACUUUAACUUGUUCACUGUCCCAUUAUCUGAUAACACACACGGAAGUAUUUCCAGUUGGACGGGGAUUUUCCCUUUCAAAGCUACGAAAAAACCCAAACCUGACAACAAAGAAAACAGAAAACAAAAACAAUAUGUCGGCCUUGUCGUUUGAAGGUUUGAUCGGGAGAGGAGGAUUUGCUGCCGUCUACCUUGUAAAAGACACGAGCGACGGAGAUCAAUAUGCUCUCAAAGUUGUGGACCUCGGGAAAUUUGGAUCCGAUUUGUUGGAAAAGGCCUUACAGGAAGUUGAAUUAAUGAAACAACUCGAUCACAACCACGUGGUUCAGUACAUCGCAUCAUACAAGAAGGGCACAAACAUCUUCCUGUUCACAGAGUACUGUGACGGCGGGGAUCUGUCUCAGUUUCUUAGAGAAUCUAAGGAACAACUACCGGAAGAACUUGUCGUCUGUUGGAUGUGGCAGAUGUCGUCUGCACUUUGGUACAUGCACUCCAUGGACAUCAUUCACAGAGAUUUGAAACCAGAAAACAUCUAUUUGUCGAAAGACGCCAAUCUUAAACUGGGUGACCUUGGCAUUGCCAGGGAACUGGACGCGGAUAAUUUGGCGUUCACAGUUGCGGGUACCCCGUGUUAUAUGAGUCCUGAAAUUUUCUUCCAGCAUGGAUAUAACCAUAAGGCUGAUAUUUGGAGUCUGGGGUGUAUUGUAUAUGAGCUGGCCACCAGGAAGAAAGCGCACGACGGUGCAGAAUUAUUACUCUUGUAUAAAAUGCAUGAUGCCCCAAACUUUCUCGGUGGCGAGAAUUUAAUUCUACCUGAAAAUUACAGUGACGAACUCAAAAACCUUGUCAUUGCUAUGUCGGAUACAGACGUAGACGUCAGACCGAGUGCAGACGAAAUCAUUUCAACGUCACCAGUUAAAGAAUACGCUUCUUCGAAGAAACCCCCUUUGGAUAUAAUUAAAUCUACCGGUUACAAAACUGCCUGGGGCACAGACGAGGCGCAAACUGUGAAUCUUCACCCGUUUAUUCCAUCAAAUAAUUUUAAAGCUCAAGACGUCAUGUUCCCUGCAAACAGAAAGAAGUUGCGUAAAACAGUCCUCCCUGACUCAGGAAAAGGGCCGAUGAAAGUCAAGCCUGUCACUCGGAGAGAGGGCGCUACCGGAGGAGGAAUCGAAAUGCAGGAAUUCAAAACAUUCAUGGAUACUAUGAUGGAUAAAACCAAACAUGACGAAAAGGUCAGCACUCUGGCAACAAGCUCGGUGUCUGCGGAAACGAGAGAACGACGAAUAGAUUUGCUGCUAAAACAAAUCGUGCUUUUGCAACAACACUGUCAACGUGAAAUCGGCAUGGAAACUUUCGUAGCAGUAUAUCGGAUCAUGUCGGAGGCUAAAACCCCUGUAGAACUAAAGAAUGCUCUUGCAUCACUAAUGGGAGAGGAUGGCGCUGAACGCUUUGAACCAAAGUUACGUUUUCUGAGGAUGUACGAGUUGGCCUUUGAUCGCUCUCUGCAAAUCAUGAGGCAUAGCAAACAGGAUUCUUAAUGCAUCUGAUAUUUACUUUUUGAGCCAACAAAUGGUACGGAAUAACCAUAUUGACCUAUUUCGGCUGGCCCUGGCCUACUUAAAGAGGGGUUGUGUUGAAAAGCAAUAGCAGUCAUCAGUUUGCAUAAUCUUAUCGACUUUCGAUUAUACAAUUAUAUUAACCCAUUUCGGCUGGCCCUGACCUACUUAAAAAGGGGUUGUGUGUAGUAUCCGUUUAAUCGUUCUCUACAAAUAAUGGGAAAGAGCAACUAGGAUUCUUAGUGCAUCUGACAUUUAAUUUUAAGCCAAGAUUCGACCUAUUUCGGCUAGCCCAGACCUGGUGUGGCCCUGACCUACUUAGAGAGGGGUUAUGUGCAGUAUCCGUUUAAUCGUUCUCUACAAAUAAUGGGGAAGAGCAACUAGGAUUCUUAGUGCAUCUGACAUUUAAUUUUGAGUCAAGAAUUGACCUAUUUCGGCUGGCCCAGACCUGCUGUGACCCUGAUCUAUUUAAAGUGGGGUUGCGUGCAACGUCCACCCUAGCCCUGACUGCUUGUUAUGACCCAGACCGUGAGAGCUCUAUAUCUGUACGGAUUAUUUAAACAUUAAUACAUGUUCACAGUUCGUCGUCAAUGGGUACUGUAAAUAGUACAUUAGCUUGGAAUGUUGAAUGUCUUGACGUCGAGGAUUCUUCUCUCCGAUGCCUUGUGUCGAUCGCUAGACUCCGAGACUCUAAUGGACUCCGAGACUUAUACAAAUUGUAUGCGUGUGACGUCAUUAGAGAUUGAGUCUGGGCCCAUAUUUUCGAAGCAAUCAUAAACCUAGCGCACACGGCCAACAUUUGUCGGCCAACAAUGUUUUUUGACAAAUGUUAGUCAUGUGCGGCAAUUUGUAACAAAAACAACUGUUGCCAACAAUUGUUGGAGAGAUCGAACAUGUUCAAUUUUCUUGGCAACAAACUCGCCAUCUAUAACAAAAAUCGUCCAUGUGCGGCAAACUCCAAACAAUAUUGGCGAUAAAACUGCUGCACUGACCAAUCACUGAAUCAGCGUGAAGUAUGUUGUCAUGUGAUGUGUAUAAUAUAAUGGCGGAAUGUAUGGGGGGGAGUGUUAUAUGACCACAGACCACAAUUAAGUACGCUAUGUUUCUAUAUAGCGUUAGUGACUAUAACAUUUUAUUAUUAUCAGCAGGCCCAUGGAUUUUGUAUGUACCUUUGCCUGCCCGAGGAAAACAUACCCUGAAAAGGACAACCCCUGUUGUCCAGCUCUUUCUUCCAGGAUAUUGAUUUGAACAAACACACCCACUAACCUGGCCGGAGUACUCCCAUUUUACACAAAUACACUACUUGCAUGGGCCGGACUUACCACAAACAAGUCCUCAGUGUCAACAAGUUACACAUGUAUACAAGCUUCAUCUUCAGUCAAAUAGUUUUCACUUCAAAGCUGUCUGCCAUGAAAUAAUCAGUCAAACAGCAGACUACUUGCGUGGACAAAUUUCCGGAUUUUGGGAAGAUAACUGAUCUGAGGCCAUAUAAUCUUAUUAUCAUUAUUAUUAUUAUGCAUAUUAUCAUUAUUAUUAGUCGGGAUCUUUUAUAUGCACCAUCCCACAUACAGGAUAGCACAUACCAUGGUAGUAGUCCAGUGGUAAAGUGCU